UGGUCAUUUGUUGUGGCUAUAAUCACAGAAAUUCCACCAGUUGCCUUUCUUCCCAAUUUUGUUGUUCAGAGAAAAGUUUUGAAACCUCUACGAACCCAGACAGGAGGAACAAUAAUGGCAGGAAAACUUGCUGUUGAUAGAGGCUGGGCGAUCAAUGUGGGGGGUGGUUUUCAUCACUGUUCAAGUGACAAGGGUGGAGGAUUUUGUGAAUAUGCUGAUAUCACACUGGCUAUAAAGAUCUUAUUUGAAAGAGUACAAGGGGUGUCUAAAGUCACAAUUAUUGAUCUGAAUGCUCAUCAGGGAAAUGGCCAUGAGAGGGACUUCAUGGAUGAGAACCGCGUAUAUAUUAUGGGUGCCUAUAACAGAUAUAUUUAUCCAGUGGAUGGAUUUGCUUAA